AUGAGAAUAAUUUCUGCAGCUGAUCUCCAAAAUUUGCCUAAUUUACGUUCUUUAAAUCUAAACGAUAAUUAUAUAAUGCAGCUUAAGUCUGAAACGUUCCAAUACAAUGAACUCUUGCAAGCCUUGUAUUUACAAACUAAUAACAUUCGCCAAAUUUCUAAUGGAACAUUUAACGGACUAGAGAAUCUUUUUUUCCUUGAUCUUACAAAUAAUCCAAUUUUUAUCUUGCCAUCGGGAUUGCUUUCAUCCAAACCCAAACUUAGCAAUGUCCGGUUUUCUACAUUGGGUCAUGGAGGAGCUAAAAUUGGGGCUUUCCGAAAUUUAACAAGGCUGAAAACAAUAUUUAUCUUUGGUGGCUUCAUUAACCGCAUCAAAUAUGGAAUCUUUGCUAACUUACCUUCAAUCACACAUUUGUAA